CUUCAACUGUCACUUGUCACUUGUCAUUUUUGUGUGUUAUUUGUUUGGGUUUGCGUGGUCUUUGCAAAAAUACCUUGAACGGUGUUUGUGUUUCAGAAUAAAUAAAAUACUAAUAAAUAAUCGAAAAUGUCGUAUAUGUUGGCACAUUUACACAAUGGGUGGCAAGUGGACCAAGCCAUCCUGUCAGAGGAAGACCGUGUGGUAGUUAUUCGAUUUGGACACGAUUGGGACCCCUCUUGUAUGAAAAUGGACGAGGUAAUGUAUAGCAUUGCCGAAAAAGUGAAAAAUUUUGCUGUUAUUUAUUUAGUGGAUAUAACUGAAGUACCUGACUUUAAUAAAAUGUAUGAGUUGUACGAUCCAUGUACUGUGAUGUUCUUCUUUAGAAACAAACACAUAAUGAUUGAUUUAGGUACUGGUAAUAACAAUAAGAUUAAUUGGCCACUAGAAGAUAAACAAGAGAUGAUUGAUAUUAUUGAAACUGUGUACCGGGGCGCGAGAAAAGGGAGGGGUUUGGUGGUAUCACCUAAAGACUAUUCAACUAAAUAUAGGUACUGAUUUGGAAUUAAGACUCUCAUUAUUGUAAAUAUUUUUAUUAUUUAAAUAAUUUGGUAUAAUUAAAAAAACAAAUAAAAUAAAUGGCUGCUUAAGGUUCAAGCAAGAAA